GAGUUAACUCCCAUACUCGUUUAGGGACCUCAGAAGAUGCAGUUUUGGUGUUUGAGCUCUUAUACAUUCCAGUCAUUUGACAGGGAAAGCUCUUGAUGUCAGCCUAUUCUUUCUUCUGGGAACAUUCACUCUUGACAUGUGAAUACUUUCUCUCAACAUUCUUGUCCAAACUAGUGAGUGGUCAGUGGCCAUGGUGCUGGGCUCCCAUGGGAGUUUUGUUUCAUAAUUACUUGUGGGUAUGUGGUCGGUUAGCCUCCUCUCAGCCCAUCUGUAACCCCAAAACUUAAUUUUCGCAGCUACAAAAUGUGGUAAAUAACAACUGGCUCACAUUUACUAGUAUCUUGAUGUUUAAUGAUAUAUCAAUAAUUUAUCUAAAGUAGUACUCAAUGUAUGGCAUAUCUUAAAACCUCCAUAAAUGCUUUACAUAAAGGGAGUAUGUAUUAAGCUUCCAGUUUCUAAAAGUUUUUUCACCAUGUUCUUACCCCAAGGACCUGACCGGAAACUGUAUAGGUUUCUCCCCUUGGUUUCAAAAUCUUCCCCAUCCUACUGAGAGCAAAGAGUUAUGCACUGCCCCGUUCAUAACAGCAUUAUUCACAAUAGCCAAAAGGUGCAAGGAACCCAAGUGUCCACCAUGGCAAACAAUGGAACAUUAUUCAGUCUUAAAAAGUAAGGAAAUCCUGACACAUGCUGCAACAUGUGUGAACAUUAAAGAUGCUACGUUAGGUGAAAUGAGCCAAUCACACGCAAAAACCCCCAAAUAUGUUUGUAGGGUUCCACUUACACGAGGCACCCGAGUAGUCACAUUUACAGACAGAAAGUAGGAGGGUGGUCGCAGGAGCUGGGGGAAGGGGCCUCGGUACAGAAUUCAUUUUAUGAGAGCAAGAGUUCAGGGGAUGCUGCAUCCCACGGCGUGUCCUUACCUCCACUGUGCACUUAGAAAUGGUUAAGACGGUCCGUUUUAUGCUGCUGACUCACAUCCCCCAUUCCAUUCAUCACCCCCCACCCCCCCGCCGCCCCGUCCCGUGUGCACCCUGCUCUCACUUCACUCCCAGCGCAACAUGCACUCGGGGCCGCUGCCCGCGGUGCCUCUGCCCCGGAGCGCUUUCUCCAUCGCCUGCCCGUUUUCACAGGGCUGCUCGCGCUUUCGCCCCGGAGAUGUCACCUCUUCCAGAUCCCAGGAGCCAACCCCCCCAAGUCACCCAAUUCCUGCGGCCCACGGUCCUCGCUGCCGCACUGCAGAGGGGCCCACACAGGGCUUCACUGUUUGAGCCGUCUCCCCAGCCCGACGUGUGCGCCCGGAGGCCGGGGCGUUACCUGCUGUCCUCCCGCGCCCCUCCCCAACCGGACACAACCCCCAGCACGGGGUGCGCCGCACAAGAGCUGCCCGGGAACACGCAAGGCACAGGACUCCGCCAUGCGCUGGCGAUGGAGGGAGCCAACUCGGACCGAGGGGUUUCCGCGAGGCGGUGUGGGGUCGACACGAAGCUGACAAUGUCGGUACCGGCGAGCGCAGGCUCCUGCGCGGCAAGCCCUAGAUGCAGCCUCACAACGCGCCCUUCCCUGCUCCGCAGCCCUGCCCUAGAGGGGAACGCGAGGGGGGCAGCGCAGCGUGGAGGAGACGCUCGUCCCACCCAACAGGCUCCGCUCCAAACAGAAUGGACUGCUGAAUUAUGAAGUAUUUCAGACCCAAUACCAGGACUUCACUCUGCCAUUCACUCCUUUAUCGUCUACUAGUUAUUUAAAUUGAACUUUUAAUAUCCUGCCAGCUGCUCUUCAGACACACAUGGUGCAUUGUUGCCAUUCCCCGGAUUGCAUCUUUGAAACACAGGCUCUUAGUAACCUUCAACGAACAAAGAGGCAACCUCCCGGGUACACUAACUGGGAGGGUGUCACCCUGACUGCCCUCUAGCUUUUGCUGCAUCUCAAUUUGAAUUCACCAUGGAGCCUCGCAUGGAGUCCUGCCUGGCACAGGUGUUGCAGAAGGAUGUGGGGAAACGACUGCAGGUUGGCCAAGAACUCAUAGACUAUUUCUCAGACAAACAGAAGUCUGCUGACCUUGAGCAUGACCAGACCAUGUUAGAUAAACUUGUGGAUGGACUCGCUACCUCUUGGGUGAACUCUAGCAAUUACAAGGUGGCUCUUCUGGGCAUGGACAUCCUAUCCGCGCUAGUCACCCGGCUGCAGGAUCGGUUCAAGGCGCAGAUUGGCACAGUGCUGCCAAGUUUAAUAGACAGACUGGGAGAUGCUAAAGACUCCGUGAGGGAGCAGGACCAGGCUCUGCUGCUAAAGAUCAUGGAUCAAGCUGCUAAUCCCCAGUAUGUGUGGGACCGGAUGCUGGGCGGCUUCAAGCACAAGAACUUCCGGACUCGGGAGGGCAUGUGUGUCUGCCUUGUCGCCACACUCAAUGCCUCUGGAGCACAUACUUUGACACUAAACAAGAUCGUGCCACAUAUAUGUAAUUUACUUGGAGAUCCAAACAGCCAGGUUCGAGAUGCAGCAAUAAACAGCUUAGUGGAAAUUUACAGACAUGUAGGAGAACGUGUGAGGGCGGACCUCAGUAAAAAAGGAUUGCCGCAGUCCCGGUUGAAUUUAAUUUUUACAAAAUUUGAUGAAGUCCAAAAAUCUGGAAAUAUGAUACAAUCUACAAAUGAUAAAAACUUUGAUGAUGAAGAUUCUGUGGAUGGUAACAGACCUUCCUCUGCCAGUUCCACAUCAUCCAAAGCUCCACCAAGCUCACGGAGAAACGCUGGAAUGGGGACCACCCGGCGGUUUGGAUCAUCCACUCUCGGGUCUAAGUCUUCAGCUCCAAAAGAAGGAGCUGGUGCUGUUGAUGAAGAGGAUUUUAUUAAAGCCUUUGACGACGUACCUGCAGUGCAGAUUUAUUCCAGUCGAGACCUCGAGGAAUCCAUAAACAAGAUUAGGGAAAUAUUAUCUGAUGACAAGCAUGAUUGGGAGCAAAGAGUAAAUGCUCUAAAAAAGAUUAGAUCUUUACUUUUGGCUGGUGCUGCUGAAUAUGAUAACUUCUUUCAACAUUUGAGACUUUUGGAUGGAGCCUUUAAACUAUCUGCUAAGGAUCUGCGGUCUCAGGUAGUGCGGGAGGCUUGUAUCACGUUGGGGCAUCUGUCAUCAGUUCUGGGGAAUAAGUUUGACCAUGGAGCUGAAGCCAUUAUGCCAACUAUCUUUAAUUUAAUUCCAAACAGUGCCAAAAUUAUGGCCACUUCUGGUGUUGUAGCUGUUAGGUUAAUCAUUCGGCACACACACAUCCCUAGGCUAAUACCUGUGAUAACAAGCAACUGUACCUCCAAGUCUGUUGCAGUUAGAAGACGCUGUUUUGAAUUUUUAGAUUUACUUUUACAAGAAUGGCAAACACAUUCACUGGAACGGCACAUAUCAGUAUUAGCCGAAACGAUAAAGAAGGGAAUACAUGAUGCUGACUCUGAAGCCAGGAUAGAAGCCAGAAAGUGCUACUGGGGGUUCCACAGUCACUUCAGCAGAGAAGCAGAGCACUUGUACCACACGCUGGAGUCCUCCUACCAGAAGGCCCUGCAGUCCCACUUGAAGAACUCGGACAGCAUCGUGUCUUUGCCGCAAUCCGAUCGCUCAUCUUCUAGCUCUCAAGAGAGUCUGAAUCGGCCGCUCUCUGCCAAAAGAAGUUCCACUGGAAGUAGCGCCUCUAGAGCUUCUACCGUCAGCACCAAAUCUGGGUCAACGACUGGGUCCCUCCAGCGAUCCCGGAGUGACAUCGAUGUGAAUGCAGCGGCCAGUGCCAAGUCCAAAGCCUCCGCGUCAGGCUCCGCGCCCUUCAGCUCCGCAGCGGCCUUGCCUCCGGGCUCAUACGCAUCCUUAGAGUCCAGACGCAUGAGGGACGAUGUGGAGUCCGUAGGCCUUGAUUCAGAUGGUACUGCCACUAAAGCGGAGGGUCGAAUUCGUACGAGAAGGCAAAACUCCGGGAGUACCACCAAUGUCGCCUCUAUACCUUCUGAUAGUCGAGGCCGCAGUCGCGCUAAAGUGGUUUCACAGUCCCAGCGAUCCAGAUCUGCUAAUCCUGCUGGUGCUGGCAGCCGGUCGAGUUCUCCAGGGAAAUUGUUGGGAAGUGGUUACAGUGGCCUUGCUGGGGGUUCCUCAAGAGGCCCGCCGGUGACACUCCCUUCAGAAAAACGAAGCAAGAUUCCCAGAAGUCAGGGAUGUAGCCGAGAAACAAGUCCAAACCGAAUAGGACUAGCACGGAGCAGCCGUAUCCCUCGACCCAGCAUGAGUCAGGGGUGCAGCCGCGAUACCAGCCGUGAGAGCAGCCGAGAUACAAGCCCUGCUCGGGGCUUCCCUCCACUGGCCUCUCGACGGCAUUCCAGGUCCACUAGCGCUCUCUCCACUGCUGACUCUGUCGGGCAGUCAGACCGGUUUGGGCUUGGCCAGGCAGGAAGAAUACCGGGUUCUGUGAAUGCCAUGCGCGUGUUAAGCACAAGCACAGAUCUUGAAGCUGCUGUUGCUGACGCUUUGCUGUUAGGAGACUCCAGGAGCAAGAAGAAGCCUGUGAGGAGGAGAUAUGAGCCCUAUGGGAUGUAUUCUGACGACGAUGCCAACAGUGAUGCCUCGAGUGUUUGCUCUGAGCGCUCGUAUGGUUCCAGGAACGGCGGCAUUCCCCAUUACCUGCGGCAGACCGAGGAUGUGGCAGAAGUUCUCAACCACUGCGCCAGCUCAAACUGGUCAGAGAGGAAAGAAGGGCUUCUGGGCCUGCAGAACUUACUGAAGAGCCAGAGAACACUGAGUCGAGUAGAAUUGAAAAGAUUGUGUGAGAUCUUCACACGAAUGUUUGCUGACCCACAUAGCAAGAGAGUUUUCAGUAUGUUUUUGGAGACUCUUGUUGAUUUUAUAAUAAUUCAUAAGGAUGAUUUGCAAGACUGGCUUUUUGUUCUUCUCACACAAUUACUUAAGAAAAUGGGGGCAGAUUUACUUGGAUCUGUGCAAGCGAAAGUUCAGAAAGCUCUAGAUGUCACAAGGGACUCCUUUCCAUUUGAUCAACAAUUUAACAUUUUGAUGAGAUUUAUUGUGGAUCAAACUCAGACUCCUAACCUCAAGGUCAAAGUUGCAAUCCUGAAGUACAUUGAGUCUCUCGCCAGACAGAUGGAUCCAAUUGACUUUAUAAACUCUAGUGAGACCAGGCUUGCUGUUUCUAGAAUUAUAACCUGGACAACAGAACCAAAGAGUUCCGACGUGAGAAAGGCCGCACAGAUUGUGCUAAUAUCGCUGUUUGAAUUGAACACUCCUGAAUUUACUAUGUUACUUGGUGCCUUGCCCAAAACAUUCCAGGAUGGUGCCACCAAACUCCUGCAUAACCACCUCAAGAAUUCCAGUAACACCAGUGUGAGCUCUCCGAGCAACACAAUUGGCCGGACUCCCUCCCGACACAACAGCAGCAGGACCAGCCCCCUGACCUCACCCACCAACUGUUCCCAUGGGGGCCUGUCUCCAAGUCGGUUAUGGGGUUGGAGUGCCGAUGGGCUAUCGAAGCACCCCCCUCCCCUUUCUCAGCCCAACUCCAUUCCCACCGCUCCCUCCCACAAGACUCUCAGGCGCUCUUACUCUCCCAGCUUGCUGGACAAUGAUACAGAGAACCUGAACUCUGAAGAAAUCUAUAGUUCUUUGCGUGGAGUUACAGAAGCCAUUGAAAAGUUUAGUUUUCGAAGCCAAGAGGAUCUGAAUGAGCCAAUUAAACGAGAUGGCAAGAAAGACUGUGAUAUUGUAUCCCGGGAUGGUGGCGUCGCGUCCCCUGCCACUGAGGGCCGGGGCGGCAGUGAUGUGGUGGAAGGAGGCAGAACAGCUCUGGACAACAAGACCUCCCUGCUCAACACCCAGCCUCCGCGCGCCUUCCCGGGGCCGCGGGCGCGCGACUACAACCUGUACCCCUACCCGGACACCAUCAACACCUAUGACAAGACAGCCCUGAAGGAGGCCGUGUUUGACGACGACAUGGAGCAGCUUCGAGAUGUGCCCAUUGACCAUUCGGACUUGGUGGCGGACCUUCUGAAAGAGCUGUCCAACCACAACGAGCGCGUGGAGGAGCGGAAGGGCGCCCUGCUGGAGCUGCUCAAGGUCACCCGGGAGGACAGCCUGGGUGUCUGGGAGGAGCACUUCAAGACCAUCCUGCUCCUGCUCCUGGAGACCCUUGGAGACAAAGACCAUUCCAUUCGUGCGCUGGCGCUGAGAGUUUUACGGGAGAUUCUGAGAAACCAGCCAGCAAGAUUCAAAAACUACGCUGAGCUGACGAUCAUGAAGACUCUGGAAGCCCACAAAGACUCCCACAAGGAGGUGGUGAGAGCUGCCGAGGAAGCUGCGUCCACUCUGGCCAGCUCCAUCCACCCGGAGCAGUGCAUCAAAGUGCUCUGCCCCAUCAUCCAGACGGCCGACUACCCCAUCAACCUGGCUGCCAUCAAGAUGCAGACCAAGGUCGUCGAGAGGAUCGCCAGGGAGUCCCUGCUGCAGCUGCUGGCUGACAUCAUCCCGGGCCUGCUGCAGGGUUAUGACAACACUGAAAGUAGUGUGCGGAAGGCCAGUGUGUUCUGCUUGGUGGCAAUUUAUUCCGUAAUCGGAGAAGAGCUGAAACCUCACCUCGCACAGCUCACGGGGAGCAAGAUGAAGCUACUGAACUUGUACAUCAAGAGGGCGCAGACCACGAACAGCAACAGCAGCUCCUCCUCCGACGUCUCCACGCACAGCUAAUGGCAGCGCGGGUGUCCGAGCGGCAGAGCAGCCGCGGUGCCUCUCACAGACCUUCCCGCCCCCUCGUAGGCUCCCGUCAGGGCGAGGAGGCCACACAUAUUUAUUACAAUCAGUAUUUGGUCCCUUCCAGCUUUUGUGUAGAAUCUUACUGGCAUUGAAUGUAAAGGAGCAAGGCCUGUUUUGCGUCCUCACACACAACUGCAGGAGUGAAAGAGCCAUGCAGUGUCCAGCGCUGAGGGCACGUGGGGCGCAGCCAACGCCCGACGGGGGAGGGAGCGCUCUGAUGGACAGCGGGUGUGGCGGUCUGCGUUUCUCUUCCAUCUUAGCGUCCUGCGUUCUGGCCGUGGCUGUGUAGGGCAGGUUCCCUCCCCCCACCCCAGCCGACGCCAUGACACAGUUAGUUGUGCCUCUUUAAGUUGUGUUUUGAGACCUGCUAAGAAUGUGAAUCACGUGGCAGGAUGGAGGAAAAGCUGAGGAGGGCCUCUGGCAGACCCCGGGGUGUUGCUUCUGUACCUGGGCCAAAGGCUGCUGGCCUCAUGCUAGUGCUCCGCGCAGUGCCCGGUGCUGCCUCGCUGCCCGCGGCUCCCGGGAGUCUGCGGAAGCCGUCUUCAGGGGCUCCUCUCGGGCCCUGGGUCUUGGGUCGUCUGUCCCUCCUGUCCCCCCACCCCCAGCGUUUGCUUAAGCUGCGCAGUUCUAAAGCGUUCUCACUUAACCUGGGCCCGGCUCCCGCUUUCUGCCGCUGCCAUCCUCAAGGACACUCCCCUCUGGCCCAGCACUCGCUUCCAACACCCUCUGCAGCUGAUGCAGCGGGGUUUCCUCAUCUUCUCUCCCUGCCGCCCUUUAUUUAUCAAACAUAAUACAUGUCAAAGAACAGCAAGCAGGAACUUUGUAGAACCCGCAGGACUUUGCUGGCAGUGACGUUUGGAAGUGAAAAGAAAAUGCUCUAAAAGAUACCGGCCACCAAAUGUUUGGUCAGCGCUGUGUGUGCAUGCAUGGUCCCACACCCCCAGGUUGGGUUUCUGUUUUUUGGUUUUAUUUGGGGGGGCUUUUUCACGUUUCACUCUCUAGUGUAUCAUGCAAAUGUACAGACUCUUUUGUUAAUAAUGUAGGAUUUGCUAAAAAAUAAAAAAUAAAAGAACCCUUUUGAGUUUGCCCUA